AAAUGGGCAGCAGACACAUACAAAUGGUACAAAGAAAUUCUAAAGUCAGAUUCAGCCCCAAAACUUGGCAUAUGCAACAUAUCUGGCUACCUAUUAAGCGACAAGGACACCUUAGAGAUUUAAGGAGAAAAAUGGAAAAAUUGUGGAAAAAAGGAUAAAUUCUUUCAGCGAGCUGUCUGAUUAUGACGUCAUAGUUAAUUGCACUGGAAUCGGAGCACGGGACCUUUGCAAAGACAGCGACGUUGUACCAAUAAGAGGCCAGGUUGCACGAGUAAAGGCACCAUGGAUCCGACAUUUCUAUCACGUUUGCUACUCUAGCGGAAGUCAUUCUACAUACCUAUACCCAAACAUCGACAAUGUUGUAGUGGGAGGCGUAUUGCAGUCAUCUUGGAAGACCGACCUUUCUGAAGAAGACCACAAAAGAAUCAUGGAUGGAGCUUACGCUUUCAUGCCAUCUCUCAAGAGAGCAGAAAUAAUUACGAAAUGGGUAGGCCUGAGACCAUCACGGUUGACGUCAGUCCGGUUAGAGAAAGAGGACAUGUGGUUGAAAACAGCUGAUGGAAUGACAACCAAGAAAGUCAGGGUUGUUCAUAACUAUGGACAUGGUCCGUGUGGCGUCACAUUGCAUUGGGGAUGCGCACAGAAUGCAUUGGAAUUGGUAAAGCAAAGCUUGGAAGAGAUUAAUGGCCUAAGUUCAAAAUCGAAACUAUGAUUAGGAAGUACACACUUUUUUAUAACCAUACCUAAUAUUUGCCGAGCCUCAAUAUUCUUAAUUUUUUUGUUCUGAACCUAAGAUUUUUCUUGAAUUAUUCUUAAGCGACCCAAGGUGUAUUAUGUCAACACAGAAACCAAACAAGAAUUGAACAUAAAGUUCUUAGUGCCAUCGACAGGCAAUGGACACUCUCCGAUGAGCAACUGAGUCCCAUUUUAGUCGAUACUUGCUUGAAACUGGAAUUUUUUUGCUUUCCAAAAAGCUUAAAAUAAAAAAAAGUUGAUUUUCUGAUGAAGCUUGAGCAUUGCAUUAUUUUCAAAUUAUUCUUAAAUUUCAGUGAUUCUACGCAUUAAUUUUCCUAUAGACUAUAUUUUUAUUGAUAAAGCGUAUAGGCCGAGUUAUUUGGUCUGUAGCUUAUAUUUUGUGCUUGCAGUAUAUAUCAAUAUAAUUGUAUUGUGUAAGGUGGUGAUAAAUUGUGAUAAUGUAAAACAUUUAUAAUAUUUUAUAUUAAUUAUGA